UAAGGCAGUCGAAUGGAGAGCUACUACGUAGAAAGGACGAAUUCCGAAAAGCUCUCCAGAAAACAGAAAAUCUAUUUUAUUUUGGAAAUUUUUUUUGUUAACUUAGGAGGCAAACAUUUUAGUGUAAGAGUCAAGUUUGAAGUGCGUUUUCCUUGCAAAUCUGACAAGACAGUUUUUACGUCGUUGAAAUUGAUUAUUAAAAAGAAAAGAUACAGAUUUAUUUUUUAUCGUUUACAUUUUGAGUGAAAAGUUGAGUGAUACCACGGUGGAAAUAUGUUGAAAAUGUCGGUGGCAAAUCGUAAAUCCCGUGCUCCGGGCCAGAGCACAUUCUCCCUGAGCAAACGAAGGAGUAGUAUGGGCCACGUACAACGGCAACCAGUUAUGCGCUUCGCUCCUACGUAUCGGUUGGAGCCACAAACUCCUUUCAAUAGUGAAACCGCUCAAUAUAUCAUUAAGAACGUCAUGAACCAUUUUUUAAGUGGAUCCUCGUAUAAUCCAAAGACAGCAGCGAAUUUGUGCAAGGGAAUCAGUGAAGAGAUCAAAUCACGGAUAAAGUUGCAGAAGGCAGACAGAUAUAAAAUUAUUUGUGUGGUAACAAUCGGUCAAAAGUAUAUGCAAGGAUUUAGUGCCGCAUUAAGUUUCCUGUGGGACGCUACCAAGGACCGCUACGUGUCAUACGUUUACGAUAGACCGAAUAUAUUCGCAAUUGGUACAGUUUACGCGCUCUAUUACGACUAAGCAUUUGUUACGGAAUCUUUAUUUGAAUAGUGAAGAGAUGAUAAAAAUAUUGAAUAAAAUUUUACCAUGUGA